AUGGUACCGAGGAGUGAUUACAUAAAGACUCCUCAAAGUGAUGAUACAGUGUUUGAAGAUGCCAUGAAUUAUUCAUUUGCAUUCGCUAGUACAAAAUUGCCCAGUCAAUUCAAUAAUUCACAAGUUCCCGCCAAUCAUACACGUUUAAAGAAGUUACCGGUAAAUUAUCUUACUGGUGUUACUUACAAAAGUGAUAUACCGAGAGAAGAGAUUGGUAUGCAAUCAAACAAUACUACUUCAUCAAUACCAGUUAAUGUAAUUAAUGCGACUAAGAAUAUUAAUGCCUCUGAAGACUAUCAAAACACGUCCUCAUUGGAUGCAGAAUCGUUGAGAUUGUAUAGAAUAAGGACAAACUUUCAAAAAUCUAUAAAGAACGAUCAACUCUUUAUUAACAAAUCAGAAGUCCAAACAGAGAAAACCGACAAGAGUGAACCAAUCUACUAUAAACCUCCAUCAUCGAACUUCAAGGACAAUCAAUAUGGUAUUAAAUCAUUCUUACCUCCUAACGUAAAAAUUGGAGAUAAUUCAUUACGAGAAAAAGGUUCAGAUAGUUCAAAGAAUAAGAUACCUCUUGUAUUCCCUAAGCUAUUAAGUAAUGAUUCAUCAAAUCCAGAUUCUGGAGCAGUUGAUAUUCAAAAAGUAUGGCAAUCAAUUAACCAAGACUCAAUAUAUAAAAAGGGUCCAGCAUAUGAUAAUGAUGAACUUGAUGAUAAUGACUUACAAGGAAAUAACCAUGCUACGGGAGAGUGGACAAACCCCAUUGUAAAACAAGCUUUGGGAAGACAAAUUAAUAAAGAAUACGAGCUUAAAAAGUGUCUAAAGUUUGCCCUAUAUCUAAUUGUUUUCAAUUUAAUUAAAUCAUUAGCAAUAAGGUUUUAUGUAUUAUACCAAUUAAGUCAAUUAAAAUUAAAAAUCGAAUACCAACUCCACAGUUCAAAAAUUUUGGCUAUUGAUGAAAAUAUUUACAUUAUUCUAAUUUCCAGAUUGAUAAUCGGCAUUUUUUUGAUAAAUAUCUUAAUAUCAACUGUAAAUUUAUUCAGAGAUCAAGAUCAAUGUUAUGAUUUGCCCUUGAGUGAAAAUCAACGAGUUUUAAUUGGCUUAAAACCCACUAAUGAACAAUCUCAACUUGAUCAAAAGCUUAAUUCUAAUUUUGAUGGUUCGACUAAACAGGAUAUAGUAGGAGAUCGUGAAGAUAUUGAAGCUGAAUUAAUAUUGAAACAAAGACAAUAUGAGUUGAAGAAUGGUCAAUAUUUUAAUAAUAUUUACUUGCCCAAAUAUAAAAAAAUAAGUGGGUUCAAUGAUUUAUCAUCAGCUGUUGAAUCUAACCCAAUAACUUUUGAUAAUUUAUCCUCAGAUAGUAAAAAUAUCAAUUCAAGUAAUAAAGUCUCAACUACUACAUCACAAUCUAUUUACCCAGUAAGAUCGUUAGUUAAUUUUGAUAAUGCUUCUCUUAUUGAUAAGAAGGUUGACCAAUCUCAACAAUUAGUGAAACGGAAAAUGUCAUUUGUUACUGCUACGCAUGCUAGACGAAGUGACGAAGAAUUACAGUUAGAGGUUAAUAAAUUCAAAAAGAAUUUCAACCUUCAAUUUAAUUAA